UUUUACUGAUAGUUGACAUUUGUUAACGGAACAUGUGCGACGUGACUUUUCAUCGUAAAAAAUUAGUUUGUAUAGAAUAUCCGGGCGUAGUUCAAAAUGUGAACAAAAUGAUUCAAACUUUAAAUGGCCAGGAACAUAUUAAUCAAGUGUAUUCUGAGCCAUCGAGGCGACUGGAACUGUGUUACAGGCCGCAAGACAUUCAUUGUAAGUGUGCGCAUGGAGAUCGUUUUAAUACGACCAGCUUGCUUAUGAAGGUAAAGAGAGUUCGCAAAAAUCGAGAGCAACUAGAUGGUGAGAGUGACGACGACGAGUUUAAUUUAGAAAUUGUUGGAAUUAUAGACACUACUUAUAAAUUUCGAGGAAUGAUGGAUUUUCAGUAUUUACCGAUGGUUAAUACGCCAAAAGAAGGUUAUAAAUCUAUUAUUCCCACAAUCAUUCCAAGAGGACUGCAAUUUCCAUCGUGGUAUAAAGAAUCUUCACCGUUGUUUAUCAUGCCAGUCAUGUUCAGUAGAUUAGAUAUGCCUAGUAAUUAUAAUUUUCGAAGAGAUACUAUCACGCACGAUGUGUCUAAAGCACAAAAAACGAAGACUCCACCAAAUAUCAUUGGCAAAAAACGGCAGACCAGAUUCGGAUACACAAUAUUUCUGAAUUUCGAGGAUGAAGUGCCGACCGAACCCAUGGAAAAUGCCAAAGAGAACAUGAAAAUGAAAUGCGGAGACAGUUUGCUGCCGGAAAAAGUUCAGAAGCUGUUCGAGGAACGUCCCAUAUGGUCGAAAAAUGCUCUGACCGCGCAACUGGACUGUGAUCCGCUGAGUCUGAAGGCAAUUUUACCCGUGUUAGCAUAUUAUUAUGUCACCGGACCUUGGAGAAGCCUCUGGGUGAGAUUUGGUUACGACCCAAAGAAGAAUCCUGAAUCAAAAAUAUAUCAACAAAUUGAUUUCAGAGUCAGAAGUACACCAGGAAAAGAAGUGAUAGUAGAAAGUAAGCGUGGAAACUCUUCCUACACACUACCCAACAAGAUAAAUCUGUCGCAAGCAAAAAUUGCGAAACUGCAGAGAGAGGAGCUGGCCUCGAAACCCGGUACUUCGGAAGGCACAGAAAAGGAAAACAAGGGCUACACUUUUGGACCGGAUCGUCUUCCACACUACCGACAGAAUUUCUAUCAGCUGUGCGACAUCGACAUUCCAGAAGUCCAGGAUGUCAUUCACAGUAACGACAAUUAUGAAAUGUACUGCAUGGAAAAAGGUGGCUGGUUGAAGCCUGGAGCUCUGGAACGUUGUCGUGAAAUCAUGAUUCAUCACAUGAAUGAAACAAUAGAGAAAUUAAAAGAGAAACAAGAAAGUGAAAAGAUAAUAGAACCGUCGGCAGUGCAGCCUAAUGAUUCCGAUAAUUCUUAUUUAGUUGACUUGGAAGACGAAUCCUUAGAUUACGAAGAAAUGGAGUAAAUUUUUCGGUGGCAGUUGGCCUAGACGAGAAUUUAAUUUGUACAUAUAUAUCAGCUGUAUUAUAAACAUGUAAGGAAUCCGUAAUAGUACCUAUUACAAGAAACCCGAAACUCUGAAUAAACUUGUUUGUAAAUGGAAUUACUCUGUUGAACUGCCUCAAUCCGAAAGCCCUCGGAUUAAAUGGAGAAGUCAGACAAGUCAAAUGUUUGCCUACCAUGUACAAUGCUUAAAAAGAAAAGCAUGAUCUUUAAAAUAGAAUGCUUUCAAAUUGAAGCAAAAGGUCACGGCCAGUGACAUCACAAAUGACUAUUCUAAUGGAACCAGAGGCAUUCUUUCACUUGUGAGAGUUGAAAUGAAAUUGUAUCCAUUAUAUAUACUCACAAAUAUGCUAUUAAAUGAAAGUUCUGAAUGUU